AUGGUUUUGGGUCUUAUCCUUCCUAUGCACCAGACGCCCAUGGGGACCCUAACCUCAAGACUCAACUGUUUUGUGGAUCUGGAGAAGGCGUACAACCGGGUCCACCGGGAGACACUGUGGAAGGUGCUGCGGGAGUAUGGGGUAAGGGGGUUGCUUCUCAAGGCCAUGCAAUCUCUAUAUGACCAAAGCGAGAGCUGGGUCCCGGAUCUCGGCAGAAAGUCGGACUCGUUCCAGGUUCUGGAGGGUCGGCCUCCUCCGCGGCUGCGCUUUGUCACCAAUCCUGAUCAGUUUGAUAACCUGGAGAAACACACCAGCUGGGGAAUCGACUUCCUGGAGCGAUACAGCAAGUUUCUGAAAGAGAGGGCCGACAUCGAGCUGAGCUACGCCAAACAGAUCAGGAGUCUGUCUAAGAAGUAUCACCCGAAGAGAAGCAGAGAGGAUGAGAGCAGGUACACGUGGUGUUUGGCGUUUGCAGCGACUCUCCAGCAGCUGAAUGAACUCGCGGUUCAGAGAGAAGAACUCGCUGAGAACCUGAACACACAGAUCGUGUGUGAACUGACUCGAUACACACAGGAAGUGAAGACCGAGAGGAAGACGCAUUUCCAAGAUGGCCGCCGUGCCCAGCAGCACAUCGAGAGCUCGUGGAAACAGCUAGAGUCUAGCAAGCGUCGGUUUGAGCGUGACUGUAAGGAGGCGGAGCGAGCUCAACAGGUCUCCGACCGAAUCGACCUCGACAACAAGACGGACGGAGAGAAGCGCUGCUCCCUGAAGGCUCGUCAGACGGCUCAACAGAAACAACAAGCGGCCGAAGAGUCCCGGAAAGAAUAUGUGACCAGUUUGAACCAGUUCAACCAGGACCAGCACCAGCACUACCACACCCUGGUACCAGUUAUAUACCAGCGGAUCCAGGACAUGGAGGAGCGGCGGAUUGAGAGAAUCUGUGAAGCCAUGCGUUCGACAGCAGAGGCAGAGAGAAAGGUUCUUCCUGUCGUGAGUCGCUGUCUGGACGUCAUGAUGGACGCUUCCGAGGGCAUCCAGCCCCGCAUGGACACCCAGCAGGUGGUUGAGGUGUAUAAGUCCGGCUUCGACCCCCCAGGGGACGUGGAGUUUGAGGAUUACAGUGCCACCAUGAGGAGGAGCAUCUCUGAGUCCAGUUACCUUGACAACCGUACUGAGGGGCGGAGACACAGCAGGAAGUUGUGGCCUUUCAUACGCAAAAACAAGCUGUUGACCCUCCUCUCCUCCCCCCGCCAGCCUCCCCCUCCCCCCCCGACCUCCCCGUCACUUGGAGGCGUGGCCAACAGUCCCCAGUCCCCACCCCCUGCCUCUAGAGAGCCAAUCACCCAGCGGCUGAAUGAGCUGAUGAGCUCUGGAUCCAGAACCAGGAAGCAGUGUCUGCGCAGCCUCAAGAGAGGGCUGUCCCUCAAACUGGGUUCUGGUUCUGGGUCAGACUGCAGUCAUCUUCCUCCUGAACAGAGAAGAAAGAAACUUCAGACCAGAAUCAACACCAUCACCGAGGAGAUCCAGAGAGAGAGAGAGCAAAGGGAUGCUUUGCUGAAGAUGAGGGAGGUGUAUGAACGCAGUCCUCAGAUGGGCGACGCCAGCAGUCUGGAGCCUCGACUGGAGGAGGUGAAACAGAGUCUGCAGAGACUGGACAACGAGCUCAGGAGGAACCAGGCGUGGCUGUCCGAGGCCGACAGCAGACUCUCUGAUCCCAGCAGUAGAAGACAGAGUGGAGGUUGUGGGUUAAAUUCCCAGGCGAUGACGCCAGGCAGCAGCAGCCUCAAGCAGCUGGACCCCCGCAGUCCCGCCAGCAGAGAGAGUCCUGACGGCAGCUACACUGAGGACCACAGUGCGGAGCUUCACUUUAAGUCUCGUAGUUCCGAGUUUGACGACGACUUUGAUGACGAUGAACCGUUACCGAGUAUUGGCACCUGCAAGUCCCUCUACCCGUUCCAAGGUCAGAAUGAAGGCACACUGUCAAUGGUAGAGGGAGAACUACUUUCUGUGGUGGAAGAGGAUAAAGGAGACGGUUGGACCAGAGUUCGGAGGAACCUGGAGGAGGAGGGAUAUGUCCCUACCUCCUACAUCAAAGUCUUCCUAGACACCAGCGCCAAAGGCUUUGUGCAGAGUAGUCGGCUAGUCUAGCACAGUAAUCGACCAGUGAGGACGUCCCGCCACAGGAAGUGAUGUAACGGAAAGAGCUGUGAGGAAGUCCAGGGCCACGUUCAGCCCCGACACACGUAGCAACACGUUUAUUUAAAGUGAAACGGGGUGCGUUGAACAUCCUGCUGUGCGCUCUGCCUUUUAAUUACCACGAGUUUGCAGACAUGUCUCUGCUGAUUGGCUAUCACCUGGGACACAGCCAAUAAACCAGAGACACGCCAACCAAACAGAAAAAAACAGAAGUCAAAGCCCGUUGCACACGUUUCACACUGUUCGGAGGAAACUUGUCGUUCAACCAGGAAACCAUAGCAACACGGUGCAGCCUGCUUAGAUAUUGAACAUUCCCCUGUAGCAGAUCCAUUGAGUGGGGAAGUCCUGUCCCUUCCUGGGUCCAGCGUGGGACUUUAUGAACGAGGAGAGACAGACAAUUGUUAGAUCCUUUUUGAAUUGAGCCAUGAAAUACACAGAUGAUUUUUGUCAGUUUGAAAAUUGAUCUAUCAGGUGAAUAACGUCUCAGUUUAAAGGUAAAAGUGCUUCAUUGUCACAUACAUGUUGCAAAAUGUAUUCUCUGUUUUUAACCCCUCCCUCAAGAGAGCAGCGGGCAGCCAAUCACAGCGCUCGGAGACCAACUCCCAAUCUGAGCCAGUGUCUUAAUCAUGGACUUGAGAACCUAAUACUGACUGGAGAACCUGUUACUUACUGGAGAACCUGGUACUGACUGGAGAACCUGGUACUGACUGGAGAACCUGUUACUUACUGGAGAACCUGGUACUGACUGGAUAACCUGGUACUGACUGGAGAACCUGCUACUGACUGGAGAACCUGCUACUGACUGGAUAACCUGGUACCGACUUGAGAACCUGGUACCGACUGGAGAACCUGGUACUGACUGGAGAACCUGAUACUGACUGGAGAAUCUCGUGCUGUUCUCCAAUUAGUACUAUGUACUUUACUAGCUAGUGCUAUGCUAGCUAGGUUACACGUAGUAGCUAUUGCUAUUCUAGAGCCAGCUAGCUAGCUUACACGUUGUAACUAGUGCUAUGCUAGAGCGAGGUGGCUAGCUCACACGCAGUAGCUAGUGCUAUGCUAGAGCGAGGUGGCUAGCUCACACGUAGUAGCUAGUGCUAUGCUAGAGCGAGGUGGCUAGCUCACACGUAGUAGCUAGUGCUAUGCUAGAGCGAGGUGGCUAGCUCACACGUAUUAGCUAGUGCUAAUGUAGGUUGCGUACGUUGUGCGAGAAGAGCGUUUCACACUAAACUAAUUUUAAUGUAAUUCAUGGCUCAACGUUAACAGGAUGUAAAAAUUAUUCUCUCCCCGUUUACUACCUGACCCAUUUUACUAAGUAUGGAAAGGAUUUCUAUUGGAUAGUUCAACUCUUCAGAUGUCUCAGCCAAUCAGAUGACAGACUGCUUUUUAUACGAGAGGGAGGACAGGUGCUAGUGACCGAUGAACCAAUCACAGAUCAGAUAUUAGACUGACCCAUGUUGUCAAUCAACAUUAAUAACCAUUCAUAACUUUAUUCCAUGUUCGAGCUCAAAAUAAUGAACUUGUUCUUAUAAAGAUUUUCUGCAAUUUAGUAGUUCAAAUGUUUUUCGGAUUCACUGACCUCAGAUCAGUUUACUGGUGUUUUAAAUUAAAUAUGAAACUCAAAAUGUAAAAACUUAAAAGUGAAUGU